UCGCGCGUACCUGCGUUGCACUUGCAUUACUGCCGAUUAGUGUCCGCGUAUAAUUUCCCCGUGAUGGGUUCCAGCACCGGUUCUGAAAGUGAAUCCGACGACAACCAGAAGCGUCACAAGAAAAAGCACCGAAAGAAGGAGAAAAAAUCCCACAAACACAAGAAGGAAAAGAAACACAAGAAAAAGAAAUCGCACAAGAAGCGGGACCGACGUCGAAGCAGUUCCGGCAGUUCGGCUUCUUCGUUCGACGAGGCCUGUGGCGGACGGGAUGAGUGGGUCGAGAAGGUGUUACCUUCCCAGCAGCAUGCAGAGCGAAGCACGGCGAAACUGGAACGAGAUGAUUGGAUGAACUCGAUGCUAAUACCAACGUAUAGCAAGGAGCCCAAAAAGGAUGAGAAGAAAGUGGCGACGGAACAGUACGAUCCCAAGACGAGCGUUCUGGAGCUGAAUCCUCAUUGGAAGAAUGGUGGUGCUGGGUUACCUAGUUUUAGGAAGCCGGUGGAAGACGACGAUGGUGAUUAUGGAGGAAGGAGGAUGGGUCAGAGGGAAUUCUCUGGGAGGGAUUCCGGGAAAAGUGCAGGUUGGAAGAAAUCUGAUAGGCAUAAGGAUGAGACUAGAGAAAACGAAAAGGAUCGGGAAGACAAGCCGAAGCUACCACAGGCAGUGACUUCAAAUGACGAUGGUAUGUUUCUGACAGAUCAGCAGCUGAAUGAUUUGGGAGCAAAGAUUGUCAAAGCGGAAAUAAUGGGGAAUACAGUAUUGGCAAAUAGUCUGAAGGAACGCCUGGAAAAGGCUAAGGCUUACAGGAAUGAGAUCAAAAAUUUUGCUAAACCAGAAACUAGUACAAGUGGAAGCAAACGGAAAGAACAGGAAACGGAAGGAGAUAUCAGCUUUGCAGUUAGUAAAGCGUCAGCCGAAAAUGCACGCCAAAACAAGAAACAACGUAGAUAUCAACAAAAUCUUCCACCGGGAGAUCUGGCUGACAAGUUCCGAUCCGAGCGGUUCGAGAACGACAACAUGGAUGCCCAAUUCUUCAAAGUGUCCUCCAAGCUGGACCGAGAGGCCAACAAUUUGGACAACAUCUUCGGGCACAGUAGCCGCAGCGGUGCGGAUUCCGGCCGGGCCAACGAAGAAAAGGUUGUCCGGGACAUGAACAAACUGACGCGAGCUCAAGCCGACUGCGAAAGGUGCAUCAAUUCGUCUCAAUUCCUGCAGGAUAACGUUAUUUCCAUGGGCGAAAACGUGUUCCUGGCCGUUCCUAGCUUUAGGGCCCUCCAGCCCAAGCAUUGUCUAAUUGUCCCCAAUGUCCACUAUCCAUCCCUAACACAAAUGGACGAGGACGUCUAUCGGGAGCUGAUCGACACGUGCAAAGCCCUAAAACGGAUGUUCACCUCGCACAAGCAGGAAGUCAUCUUCUUCGAGACGGUUCGCUAUCUGAAUCGCAAUCCGCACACCUACGUGCAGUGUGUUCCGGCCGACAACUACGAAAUGGCACCGUUCUACUUCAAGAAGGCCAUCCUGGAGUCGGAAACGGAGUGGGCCAUGAACAAGAAGCUGCACAACAUCCAGGGGCUGGAGGUGCGGCGGACCAUUCCGAAGGGUUUACCCUACUUUUGGGUUAAUUUCAACCUGGAGAAUGGGUUUGCACAUGUUAUCGAGGACCAGGAAACUUUUCCGGUUACGUUUGCUUCGGAAACGAUUGGCGGAAUCUUAGGGCUGGAGACACGUGACUGGCGUAAGCCCAGCAAAGAACGUAACCCUCAGCAACGGGUUAAGGAGUUUAUGCAGUGGUGGAAAGAGUAUAACAAUUUGACGAAAGUUUAAACUAUUGUAGGUAACUAAAGAAAAAUG